UUUAGAAAUGCAAACACAAAAUUGCAGAAUCAAAACGAAUACUAGUAUUAUCGUUGGCAGAGUAUAAGAAGUCUGCAGGGUCCGAACCCUAGAUAUUUUACUUUUGCUUGCACGUACCGACCCUGCUGUCACUUAUCUGCAAUUUCUCUCUCUCUCUCUCUCAAAUUAUACUCUCACGAAUUCUGUUUGAAGAAUGGCUGGUCACAGGAGUAAUUAUGGCAAGCGGCCACAUUCUCAGUCUGACUACUCUGAAAGCGGGGGAAAUAAAAGAAGAAAUUCUGGAAGUGAUAAAGACCCUUUCUCUAUUGGACCAGAUGAUACGGUGUAUCGCUAUUUGUGCCCUGGAAAGAAGAUUGGAAGUAUCAUUGGAAGGGGUGGGGAGAUUGUCAAGCAACUGAGGUUAGAUACAAAAUCCAAAAUCCGAAUUGGUGAAUCUGUGCCCGGAAGUGAAGAACGUGUUGUUACUAUAUACAGUCCUAGUGAGGAAACCAAUGAUUUGGAAGGCGGAGAUGGCUGUGUAUGUCCUGCUCAAGAUGCUCUUUUUAAGGUGCAUGAUAGAAUUGUUGCCGAUGAUUCUGCUGCAGAGGAUUCGGACGAAGCCCCCCAUGUAACCGUCCGACUUCUAGUGCCAUCUGAUCAGAUUGGGUGUAUUAUUGGAAAGGGUGGGCAGAUAGUUCAAAACAUUCGUAGUGAAACUGGGGCACAGGUUCGCAUUGUAAAGGAUGACCAUUUGCCAACAUGUGCUUUGAGUUCAGAUGAACUUGUGCAGAUAUCUGGUGAUGCUUCUGUGGUGAAGAAAGCUCUUUAUCAGAUUGCAUCUCGGCUUCAUGACAACCCCUCCCGAUCUCAGCAUCUGCUCUCUUCAGCUAUUCCUAAUGUCUACCCUUCUAAUAGUUCAGUUUUGGGGGCUUCAGCUGGUGCUCCAAUUAUGGGAUUAGCACCACUAAUGGGGCACUAUGGUGGAUACAAGGGUGAGAGUGCAGACUGGCCUCGGUCUAUGUAUUCAGCUCCAAGGACUGAAUCAUCAUCAAAAGAAUUCUCACUUCGUUUGGUUUGUCCAACUGCUAAUAUUGGAGGUGUCAUUGGCAAGGGUGGUAUGAUAAUUAAUCAAAUAAGGCAAGAUUCUGGGGCAGGUAUCAAAGUUGAUAGCUCAGCCUCUGAGGGAGAUGAAUGUGUGAUAGCCAUAACUGCGAAAGAGGUUUUUGAAGAUUCCUUCUCUCCAGCGAUUGAUGCAGCUUUGCGAUUACAGCCCAGGUGCAGUGAGAAAGUUGAAAGAGACUCCGGUCUUGUUUCAUUUACAACACGAUUACUUGUUCCUACUUCUCGAAUUGGAUGUCUUAUUGGGAAAGGAGGGUCCAUAAUAUCAGAGAUGAGGAAAGUCACCAAGGCCAAUAUUCGUAUACUGUCAAAAGAAAAUCUCCCUAAAGUUGCCUCUGAGGACGAUGAGAUGGUGCAGGUUUCUGGAGACCUUGAUGUAGCCAAGGAUGCUCUCAUACAAGUAACUUCGCGCUUGAGGGCUAAUCUGUUCGAAAAGGAGGGUGCUGUCUCGACAUUUCUGCCUGUCCUCCCGUAUCUUCCUAUGUCAGCAGAUGGUUCAGAAAGUUAUAAAUAUGAUAGUAGAGAUUCAAAGAGCCGUGGGCGUGGGGGUUAUUCUUACUCUGGUGGAUAUGGUGUUUCAGCGGAUCUGCCACCUGUGGAUGCCUAUGGUGGUUACGGUGGUCUUCAGAGUGGUAAUGCCAGCUCUCCCUAUGGUGCUUAUGGUGGGAGCUAUUCAUCUGGGCGUUCUGGUUCUGGGUCGAGAACCAGGUUUGUUGGAACUUGCGAGCAUUUAGUUGAUUCUCCGGCAGUCUUUUGGAAAAGCGUAGUUGUCGUUCGAAUUUGGCUAUUUAGAGUUACUAUCAAUGGUGUGCUUGUCGGACCAACAGUAGAAGAAAACCAUCUAUCUCGCUGACAGGCUCACAUAUCGUGGAUGGCUGUGAUGACUACAGGCAAUUCACCUAAAAUAUUGCCAGUUGUCUUUCACAAGCCAAUUGAUACUAGGUAUGGUUUCUGCUCUGCUGGUGAUGCAAAUCCAUAAUUCAUGGCACUGUUAUUCAUCUGCAUUUUGCAUGUUUAAAAAAGUUGAGUAAAUUUUCAUGCAUUGGGGGAUUUAUGUUAUUGUGUUUUUGAUACAUCCAGCCAUUCCUAGCUGUUGAGGUUUCCAUCCAUCCGUUUACAUGAACACAAGUAUAAUACUCCCUCCGUCCCCCAAAUAACUUCCUAUCUUUCCUUUUUGGGCCGUCCCCCUAAUAACUUCCUAUCCAUUUUGGGACACUACUACCCCACCACUAAUAAAUAAUAAUAUUCCAUUUAUUCUUACUUUUCACCUUUUCACCACUCUCAGUACUAAUUAUAACACUUUUUCACCACAUUCAAUACUAAUUAUAACACUUAUUCAUUACUUCUAAUACACACUCAACAACUUUGUCUUAAAACCCGUGCCCCUCCCCCUAGGAAAUUAUUUGGAGGAUGGAGGGAGUAUUUGAGAUGCUCUUACUAGUGCUCUUUAAUUAACUGUGCAUGGUUCAUGAAGGUACAGAUUAUGCGAUCCUUUUAUCUUACCAUUAUGUGUUUAUACCUGAUAUGUGUUUCUCAUCUGAAGCCAUAUUUCCUUAUAAUCAAUUUUUGAGGAAAGUAACAAUUGUAACAGGUUUGACCGAACAAAAACUGUAGCUUUAACAAAAUUUACUCAUCUAGGUGAGAAGUUGAGAAUCAUUUUGGAAUUUGAUGCGUAAACAUGUGGAAUCCUGCUUAUAUAUAUAGAAUUUGGUGCUAACAGGAUAUUUGCUACUGUAUACGAUAGCCCUAUCUACAGAAGUUUUAUUAUUUUGUACUCCAUCUUGCUUCAGUUAAUAACUUAAUACCCUGUAUGACUUUAAUUUAGAAUUAAUAUUUCAGGUGUGAAUUUUCAUCUAGUAGUUAACACAUAUGUGUGUAGGUAGCCAGUUUUCCUUUUGUAUAAUGUUUAAUCAUGUUCAGAAGCAUGUUUGAAGUUGCUUACAUUGUUAGAAAAAAAAUUGUUUUAGUUGGAGCGAGGAAAUUUGUUAUUUGUAGGCUUAAGUUUUUGCAGUCUUGAACAAUUCCUAGUAUAUAAGCCAAGUGUGCCUCUAUGAGAUACUAGAUGCGGGAAUGCUUGCAACUGAAAUUUAUUUCCUAGACCAGUUUACCUAUGAAUCAGAGUGAGUUCGUUGGAGCUUACUCUCGAGCUCGUUUGUCUGAUUAAGUUUGAUUUAAUUUGUUGUGCAAGUGCAUGUAGUUAGUUGAUGAUGAUGCAUGUAGUUUAUGAACAUAAGGGGCAAUUGAAAUUUUGCCUACUUGUGGAUUUUACAUUAUUGGAGUUGUUCAACCCCCUUUGCUAAUUGCUAUCGAAUCGAUGUUGAGCAUUGGAGAAGAAUCAACAAUGUUGGGGGUAUUAUCGUCUUUUACAUUUUAUGCUUGGUAUCCUUCUAGUCUUGUCUAUGGUUGUGCUAAAAAUAUUACUAGCUUUUUUUUUUCUUCCUGCUUUUCUUUUAGAGAAUAAAAAUAUCGAUUAGUGAGAUUAACGUCCCAUACUCGAUUAUCAGUUAUUUAAUGUAUUAGUCUAAAUGUUUUAUUUUAUGCAUUGUAAGGAUAGUCGAAUUGUCUGCACUGAUUAUACAAGUGUUGGAAAUGAUAAAUUUAAAUAAAUACAUUUUAUAUAUACUUUGAUUUACUAGCAA